GAUCUGGCAACACACGGUAUUUCUGCUUUUGGUCUAGUGAUAUUUAAUUUUGAUUUUAUUAGGUUAUUAUUGUUAAUCUAAUUUUAUUUUGUGAGAAAAUAUAAAAAAUGGUGUCCUUAAACCCGAUCAGAAUUUUGAAAAAUGAAGCUGAAGAAGAAAAAGCCGAAGUGGCUCGAAUGUCUAGUUUCAUCGGUGCCAUUGCUAUCGGUGACUUAGUAAAAAGUACCCUGGGUCCAAAAGGGAUGGACAAGAUUUUAGUUUCUUGUGGGAGAAAUGCUGGUCAGGUUGAAGUCACAAACGAUGGUGCUACAAUAUUAAAGUCAGUGGGUGUCGACAAUCCAGCUGCUAAAAUUCUUGUUGAUAUGUCUAAAGUUCAAGAUGAUGAAGUUGGUGAUGGUACCACUUCAGUCACUGUUUUGGCGGCCGAACUUUUACGAGAAGCUGAGAAACUUAUUGAGCAGAAGCUUCAUCCACAAACAAUUAUAGCAGGGUGGAGGAUUGCUGUUGAUGCUGCCAAACAGGCACUAUCUGAUGCCAGCUUUGAUCAUGAGAAGAACCUCAAUGAGGCUGCACUCAGACUGGACCUUGAGAAUAUUGCAAGAACUACACUCAGCUCGAAAAUUUUGUCUAAUCAUAAAGAACAUUUCACAAAGUUGGCUGUAGACGCAGUAUUGAGACUUAAAGGCUCUGGAAAUUUGAAAGCCAUACAGAUUAUUAAGAUACCUGGUGGUCUUCUAGAAGAAUCUUUCCUGGAUGAGGGAUUCUUACUGAAUAAAAAAGUUGGUGUGCAUCAACCUAAACGCUUAGAAAAUGCAAAUAUCCUCAUAGCUAAUACACCUAUGGACACAGAUAAGAUCAAAGUGUUUGGGUCUACUAUUAAAGUAGACUCUAUGGCAAAAAUUGCGGAACUUGAAGUGGCUGAGAAAGAGAAAAUGAAGGAUAAAGUGAACAAAAUUUUGACACACAAGUGUAAUGUAUUUAUCAACAGGCAAUUAAUUUACAAUUACCCUGAGCAACUAUUUGCUGAUGCGGGAGUUAUGGCAAUUGAACAUGCAGACUUUGAUGGUAUUGAGCGGCUAGCUCUUGUCACUGGCGGUGAAAUUGUAUCCACGUUUGAUUCACCAGAUAAAGUUAAGCUUGGCCAUUGCAAGCUUAUCGAACAGGUAUUGAUAGGCGACGAGUGUCUGAUUCGGUUUUCGGGUGUGGAGCUGGGCUCCGCCUGCACGGUCGUCAUACGUGGGGCCACACAACAGGUCAUCGAUGAAGCGGAGCGCUCUCUUCAUGACGCCCUGUGUGUACUCGCUGCCACUGUCAAGGAACCUAAAGUUGUUUAUGGAGGAGGCGCAAGUGAAAUGCUGAUGGCGGAGGCGGCAUCUCGCGUGGCAGCUCGCACGGCCGGCAAGGAAGCAGCGGCGGCUGAGGCAUUUGCUACCGCUUUACGGCGAUUGCCGUCUGCCGUUGCAGACAACGCCGGCUACGAUAGCGCUGACCUAAUCGCCAGGCUGCGCGCCAGCCACGCCCAGGGGGAGAAUACCACGGGUCUUGAUAUGGAGAACGGUCGUGUAGGUGACAUGAAGAAACUCGGAGUGACAGAGUCAUAUGUUGUUAAAAGACAAGUUCUAGUAUCAGCCGCUGAAGCCGCAGAAAUGAUUCUGCGUGUUGACAAUAUAUUGAAAGCCGCACCGCGCCGCAGAGGCCCUGAUCGUCGCCCUUGCUAAAAACUUAACCAUAAAGCGCGGGUUAUACAGAAGCCGAGGCGAGAGAUUUCAGGGCCGGGAUCUAUCAGCGUAAUCAGUAGCUUAGUUUAAUACAGGAUUAGUCAUAAAGGGUAUAUCAAGCCGAUAGGGAGGGAGAAUACUCAUCCAACUGAACUACUUUCACUACGAAACAAGAUAACUCCAUAAAUUACUUUUGAACUUGUCACGCUAAUUUGAUGCUGUGACAUCGCAAUUUGUAUGAUCUUUUUAAGAUUUAUUUUAAAUACUCUUGCUAUCUUAGGGAAAGUCGGUCGUUCAGUCUCAUGAUUAUCGGCUGAAUAUAUGACUAACCUUGUAAAACAGAGAUUCAUUAUGUGCAAAUUUUUUAUCCCUAUACUUUUUCAAAGUAAAUAUACAACAAGA